UAAUCAGUAAUCGAACGGCCUACUUCCCCACUGUCGUCAAUCCAAGCGCUACACGUACGCACCGCCGACCGGAGCCGCGGUACUACUCGCCCAUACAACAGACAACUAUGAACUCGUCACAACUCACAAGGCAGAAAUCGUCGUCGUGUCACUUUCGCAACACUGCCAUCAGCCAGCUGACCUGCAUCGGCCAUAUCACUCUCAGCACCACCGCAAGCCCAAGCCGGCGAUUUUUCCGGCAGUGCGUCAUCACUGUCCUUGAAUAGAAACAGCUGACGGCGGUCAUCGGAGAUGGAAGGCGAGAAGAUGACGCGAAUGGACCGUUGGGGUUAUCCGUUACGAACGAGCUCCGACGCUUGCGUGGCUGCGAUUGAUGCUUACUAUGGUGAAGUGCUGUGUUACGGCCGGAACCGCGCCGUCAUCCUGGAGGCCCCUGCCAAAGAUCCCGCCUGCUUGCUCGGCAAUGCCCUCGCGGCUCACUUUCUUAGUUCCAAGGAUCCAUCCAAGGCUUCAUCCCUACUCGCUUCAGCCACCGCCGCCCUUGAGAAUGCUACUUCCUACGAGAAGGCUGUUUAUGAAUCAAUCAUUCCGUUGGUUGGAGAUAGGAGGGACGAGGAGGCGGCGUUGCGUCGGCACGUUGAGUUUGUAAAAGAAUUUCCUAAUGAUUUGGCCUCUCUAAAGAGAGCUCAGAUUUUAUGUUUCUACAUGGGCCGGCCACAUCUUUCUCUAAGUCUCGUGGAACAGGCACUUCCACAUAAUCAAGACAAGAGUUUCAUUUAUGGUAUGCUAGCUUUUCCUUUACUGGAGCUUGGAAGGAUGGCUGAAGCUAAGUCUGCUGCAAGGAGAGGAUGGGAGAUCAACAAAUUUGACAUCUGGUCACAGCAUUGUCUAUGCCAUGUCUUACAGCAUGAUUGCCACUUCAACGAAGCAGUGAAUUUCAUGGAAUCUUGUUCUUCCACAUGGGGUUCUUGUUCAUCUUUUAUGUACUCUCAUAACUGGUGGCAUGUCGCUGUUUGUUAUUUGGAAGGUAAUGCUCCCUUCGGCAAAGUUUUAGAAGUGUAUGAUCAACAAAUCUGGAAAGAGCUGCAAAAAAGUGAUUCAGAUCAAGCAGAUGUGUUCCUAAAUGCUUUAGGCUUACUGCUACUGUUCGAUGUUCGAUGCCAGCUAGAUGCUGUUGAAGAUAGACUAUUAUUAGCAGCUAAAAUACUAAAGGACAAGUCUCUGUGGCAUGUAGAAUGGUUGCUUGACAUACUAUCUCUGUGGGCUUUAGCUCGUGCAAAAGAAUCACUUAAAGCUGAAGAACUACUAAGCUCCAUCAAAUCAAGGAAUUUAAUUUUGAACAAGAAAAAGCAACAAGAAAUGCAGAGAGCAACACUGCUUGCAGAAGCCACUUAUGAGUAUGGCAGAGGAAAUGAUGACAAAGUAAUUGAUAUACUUGGUCCAGAUUUUGAUGCAAUGGAUUAUAAAAUGAUUGGUGCUUCUGAUGAACAACUUGAUGUCUUCAACGCAAUUUGGUACAAUGCUCUGCUAAACGCAGGGCAUGCCUCAAAAGCUAUAGAUCUAAUUGAGAAACAGCUUAAGAAAAGAGAAGGGUGCGCUUUCUUGUGGCGCUUGUUGGAGAAGGCAUAUAAUAUUGGUGGGGGAGGAGACGCUGGUGUGGCGUCUGAGAAAGCAAGGGCUCUGGAAAUAUCUUAUUUCAAUUGAAUUGUGUAAAAUAGGGCCUUCAAAUCAUUUAAAAGAACUCUAUGAUUGAGGGGAUCAAUAUGUCAUUUGAUUUGGUGGUCGGGAACUAUAGAGGCUAUAAAUAGACUCUUUCUUCACUUGAGGGAUGAGGAGAAUACAAGGAAUUACAGAGUUUGUUAUGUAAUGAAGAUACAGUGAUAACUUCCCAACGACAUAGCCGUCGACAAUUAUCGACCAUCCCCUCGCCCACCGUCAACCACCGUCGAUCAUUCUUGCUCGCUGCCUUUGGCUAUCUUUGCUUGUUUACUAUGUAUUCUAAAUACGUCCAUAAAGCACAACGUCGUAAUUGAAGAUCUGACGACAAUUUGUAGCCUUUGUGGUCGCAGAUUACGAUUGACCACCGCUUGUUGGUCGUCGUCAACCAUUGUUAGAUGGUCAUGCUCGCCGUUCUUGGCAGCCCUUGCUAACGAUGUAUACCAAAUACAGGUGUAACAUGCAACGCAGUAUUGAAGACGCUGUAAUAACUUCCGACCUCCAUAAUUUCAGACAACCGUCGACCAUCACUCAUCAACCACCACCAACCACUGCUCGUCUGCUGUCAUCACCCAUUGUCGACCGCUCCUGCUUGCCUCCGUCAGCAACCUCUACUUCCUAACGUCAUAUUUGAAAUAUGGCUAUAACACAUAACACUAUAUUGAAGAAUGACUAUGAUAUAUAACGACAACUACUUACGAUCGUCAUAUUUAGAAUAUGACGAUUUUUUCUGGACUUCUAAAGUUUUUUAUAUAUUAAAGUGUUGUAUCUGAUGUAAAUUAUAG